AAACCCACACGAUCCUGGGGCGGGCAUGGGUUCUGAGUGCCAAGGGGUCAGAAUCCAGCCCCCUGACCGGUGGAGCGGAGGCCCCUGGGGCUGCGGUGAUCAGCCCGGAAUGCCAGGCUGUGAGCUCAGCCCUCCCGGCCUGCGUGUGUUGGGCUGUCAGCAGGGCCGGCUCACGGGAGAAGAUUUCCAGCCCCCUCCGGGCCACGGAGAGGCCUAAAUUUAGCCAGUAGACAAGGGGCUGGCCUCGAGCCCGGGUACGGUCGGGCCUUAUAAAGCGCCGGCAGUCGGGGCCCAGCACGCUCCCCUAAGGCCUGUGCCCACACCCUGUCCUGUCCAGCCCCUGCCCGCCUGGACAGGGCCCGGCGCCUGCCUGUGAAUGAGCCACAGAACCUCCUCCACCUUCCGAGCGGAGAGAAGCUUCCACUCCUCCUCUUCCUCCUCCUCGUCCACCUCCUCCUCGGCCUCCUGCGCCCUCCCAGCCCAGGACCCACCCAUGGAGAAGGCCUUGAGCAUGUUCUCGGAGGAUUUCGGCAACUUCAUGCGGCCCCACUCAGAGCCCCUGGCCUUCCCAGCCCGUCCUGGGGGGCCGGGCAACAUCAAGACCCUCGGAGAUGCCUAUGAGUUUGCGGUGGACGUGAGAGACUUCUCCCCGGAAGAUAUCAUCGUCACCACCUCCAACAACCAGAUUGAGGUGCGCGCCGAGAAGCUGGCAGCCGAUGGCACCGUCAUGAACACCUUCGCUCACAAGUGCCAGCUGCCGGAAGAUGUGGACCCGACCUCGGUGACCUCAGCCCUGCGGGAGGAUGGCAGCCUCACCAUCCGGGCACGGCGUCACCCGCACACAGAGCACGUCCAGCAGACCUUCCGGACAGAGAUAAAAAUCUGAGGGCCUGUCCCUCCCCCUGCUCCCCUCCCCCACGGGCUUGUCAGCAAAGCCUUCCUGAAACCCUUCACGACAGUCCCCAAAAGCCCAGGUUCCAGCCCCGAUGCCUCCGGACCCCAGGUGG